AACCGAUCGAUAACCACUUACCGACCGAGACUCGCGCUCGUGGUAAGAAAGAGCCCGAUUACCGACUCAUUUCCGUCCUUCCGGUGCAGCAGGUGCCGCGUUAAUGGCGUCCGACGCGCUCGCAUUCGUAAGGACGUGAUGAGCCUCUCGAUUAUUCUCCCGGCUCUCUCGCGGAAACAAACGGCCGGAGCGUAUCGUUGACUUCAAGCAGACGAGGCUACAAUACCUAGAGAGGAGGAGGCCGGCUACCAGCUGUACCCGCACUCAAUGUCACUCGGCCGAGACCGCCGCAGGAGAGCAUCCGAUGAGCGCGAACGAGCCGCGGCACAGAGCGGCGACGACGAGGACGACGAUGAGUAACAGACAGUUCCCCGUUCGUCCGAGUCCUCGGCACCGAUCCAUAUUGGGAACGGACGGCGAGAGUCCAUCGGCGACGCCACCUGGGGAAGCCACCACGUCGCGUCUCGCGGGGCUGCUGCGGUGGUGGAUCGUUCGUCCGUUCGUUCGUGAGCGUCGCUCGCUCGCUCGCUUACGAACGAGCGAGCGCGGAACACAAUUCCUGCUGGCCGAUGGAAAGUUGGCUGGCUCGCGUGUUGCCCGUGCCAUAGGAAUUUAAACGGGGAUAUAAGUAUAAGAACGCGGAGACGGGGAGUCGUUCGCGGUAGUGUGAGGCACAAACGCGCCACGGCACCACACCCAGAGUGCCCAGCGUUGCGACAAGGGACACGGCCAUGCGCGUCGCGGUGAUUUUGUUGGCGUGCGUCGCCGCACUCUGCUCGGCACAGUUCCAAGACGGACAGAAAUCUCUACCGAGUCCGAUACGAGCAACCCGUUAUCAGAGACUACCACCGCCUCGGCCAAGUACCGGACCGCAAUCUUCGGUCUUUCCCAAUCAACGGAUUCGCCGACCGAUCACUUUCAAACCCAGAGUAUCCGGCGACGAUGCACCCGGCGCUUUCCGGUCCCUCCGGCCCAGCCUGGCGGCGACACCUGGGUUCGUUCAGCACGUGAAGCCGGUGAACGAGGAACCGGCGGAGGAGGAGGACGUAGCGCGCGAUUCUACGCGCGAACGCGACGACGAUGAUUCCCGCGAUCAGAGUCAGGAACCGGAAAGCGAAGAGGAGGUGAGCGAGGAGCACCUGCCGCCGCGUCCUGCGUCUAUUUCCGCGAGGAUAUCCGGUAGUUCUCCAGCGUCACCACCGUUGUAUCGGCCGGUUCAGGCAGUGACGCUGUCCAGCAUCCGAGCGAGCCCUGCGACUCCACCUCCGCCGCCGCCCAUUCAGUACCGACCGACGCAGAAGCCCACAAAAGCGCCGCGGAAGCAGGUCGUCGACGACACGUACAAACAGCCGAUCAAGCCGCCGCCUAAGCCGGUGAAACCGUCCCAGGCGUACGAGAUCCGCGGCAAGAAGCCGGUGGCGCAGAUCGUCAGGCGAUACCGGCACGACAACGUGGACGGCUCCAUCACGUGGGGCUUUGAGAACGACGACGGCUCGUACAAGGAGGAGACGAUCGGCGUGGACUGCAUAACGAGCGGCAAGUACGGAUACAUCGACCCGGACGGGAUCCGGCGCGAGUACACGUACGAAACCGGGAUCAAGUGCGACGAGGAGCAGCGGGAUGAGGAGGACGACGGUUUCGUGGACUAUCAAGAGAACAAGCUAGUACUUCCGGACGGCAAGACCAUCGAUUUGUCGUCGAUGGGCAAGAAGCAAGCGCGCCGGCCGCAGUUUCAGUACAGAAAUUAAGGGAAGAUACGUUCAUUCGCAUUCCGUACUCGCCAUCGCCUCCCUCUACCCCUUCCUCCCCGUCGAACUUAGAACGUAACUUUCACGCGAAAUUACUCGUUUCAGAGAGCGUAAACUAGGAUUAACGAAUUCAAUUAAGAGAUAUCGAUUUAAGAAAUAAACUAGUUAAGAGAUACACCGAGAGGUGACAGCGGUACUAGUAACAGCGUAUGUACUGUAGCUCUCGUGGGAUCAUCCAUUCAGCGUAUAGAUUAGACUUAAUAAAUAAGUUAACAAAACGAAGAAGUUGUUAACACACCCGAGCUCACACCGUCGGCCGAGUUCAAUCAUCGCGUCAAGAUAAUCCUACGUACAUAUAGCUGAAUAUCGUUGUGCAAUAACUCUAACGAAGAUUACACGAGUCAAGAUCGCACGCGGGUGCAACGACUUCUGCGCGACUUAGUCGCGCGAGAUAAAAAUCGCCCAUUUCUGUCGGGAAUCGAAUUCACAUACACAGAUAUAACACUCGUGACCUUAAUCCGAGACGUCCGCAAUUGCUUUACGAAUAUAUAUACAUACAUACGAAA